GGGCGAGGACGAUUGGAACACUGAACAGUGAACCGUCGUUGUCGUCGUCGUGUGAGAUAUGUGCCUCGUUUGCUGUAGCUGACUGGCUGCUGCUGCUGCUGGCGUUGGUGCGGUGUGUCGUACCUAUCGUACAUACAAUUUAGUAGCGACCGAAACGUCGCAGCGUAAACACGAGAUUAUGAGCCCUCCACAGAACGCAUAUACAAAUUAAAUUAGAGGUGUAGUGUUCCGAGAGUGAUCUUAUACAUAGAGUAGGAAGAAGAAGACGAGCGCGCGAUUCAGACGUGUCGAGCUCCGCGGCAAGGACCCAAGGUGUGAUAAGAAAAAAAAAAAACAAAUUAGCAAUCAGGUGCACUGCCGCUGCACCUUGCGACCGAUCGCGUUGUUCCGUUAAAUCGUUUCCGGUUGCCGGUGUGUGAGAGGGUUCGCGACGCGUCGCAUAAAUCCGCGCGUUCAAGGAUUCCAACCGUUUAUUGUUUUAGUAGUGACCUCACUGAUCACGUCGCCGUCGCACCACACAGAACAAAGAACCGCAAUCCACACACCUUCCACACCUAUUCGAGACACAAAGGAAUACAGUUCGCCAAGUUCGAAGAAGGUAGUGCGUAAGCAGUUUCGUUCUAGUUGUUUUACUUAGAAGAAAAAAAAUCAAGGAAAACCAGACAACGAAUCGUUCUCUGCCUAAUGACAAAAGCCUGUUAGCAACAAAGUGUUUAGUGCAAUAACACGGGCAGCGCAACCGCGGUGGAAUACGCCCCCUCACAAAGGUGAUCCUUGGGCGGAAAGUGAUCUUGUUUACUGCUGGUUCCUACUACGGUGAAAGUGAGACUUAGAGCUUAGAGCGCGAUAAAGUGUAGGAAGGAUGGAGCCGAACCGGAAUCGAAGCAAACACUGAUACGGCACUGAGUAAUCGCGCAGAAAACCAGGUUACUGGUCACCGAUAGCAAUAUGGAUUGAGAUUCCCGUAGAAUGACCAGACCAGUGAUUCAUCCGGAAAGUUUUGAGUUUUUCCCCAUCGUUUUUUUGGUUUGAUGAUUGAUGAAACAACAGUUCCAAUUCCGGAAGUUUGAAGUGCGUAAAGUGUGCGUGUUCGAGUGAAGUGGUGAUACCGAAGACCAAACGGCGGAGUGUGGAAAGUGCCAGGAAAUCCGAGUGAAGGCGGCGGGAGCGUUGAAUCCCACACCGACCGGUUACCAAUGUUGUCUUGUCUGGUGCCGCCACGUUUCGGACAAGAAGACUGUGUCAUGCCGUCAUCCGCCACGUUCGCCUUGCAGUUUCCAGCAUUGGCAUCCGGCCUGCCGAAAGAUGAUGAGAGUAACACCCCCCAGACGGAUUGCUUCCUCCAGUGUCCGCAGUGCGGCCAAACGCUGCGCGGUUUUCAGGCACUGAAAGACCACAUCGACAACGUGCAUUCCAUGAUCAAGCAGGAGCACCAUGACUCGGCGACGCCCUCCCCGCCACUAUCGGCGUUCUAUCAGCAGUCGUCGUUCCAGCCAAUAGGUAGCCACCAGUCGCUGCCGUCGCCACCUGCCUCUACCUCGACGCUCGAAAAUAGCCACUGCAACGAGCCGACCUCGCUGGCGACUAAUGGCAGGAGUAGUAGUAGUAACAGCCACAGUAGUAGCAGCAGCAGCAGCAGUAGUAGCAGUAGUUGUAGUCGAAGUACCUCGGCAGGUGGUCUUGGUCUCGGUGCCAGCACCGCUGCCGCAAUCGCCGACGAAGGUGGGCGGUCUAUUAGCCCGACGUACAGCAACAGUAGCAGUAUUGGUGGGGGAAGCAACUGUGGUGGGGCCGUCGUCGGUGGAGUCCACCACGGCAUUGGUGGCACCAGUGCCAGGAGCAGCAACGACGGUGGAGAACCCUACGCAUGCUUACAAUGCUCCGCCUCAUUCCCAAAUCGUGACUUACUCGAAAAGCAUGAGCUGAUGCAUGUACCUAAUGCUCUGGUGAGCUGCAAGGUGUGCCACAAGCAGUUCGCCAACGUGUACCGGCUCCAGCGCCACAUGAUCUCCCACGACGAGUCGACACUGCUGCGAAAAUUCAAAUGCACCGACUGUGAUAAGGCGUUCAAGUUCAAGCACCACCUGAAGGAGCACGUGCGCAUCCACUCGGGCGAGAAGCCGUUCGGGUGCACCAACUGCGGCAAACGGUUCUCCCAUUCCGGUUCCUACUCCAGCCACAUGACGUCCAAGAAGUGCAUCAGCAUGGGGCUGAAACUUAACAACAACAGCUCGUCCGUCACCAACAACAACAACAACAACCACAGCAGUCCAACGGGAGUCGCCGUGAAAUCGGAAAAGAGCGGCCGACGGUCCGGGUCUUUCCUGCCUGGAGGCAGCCCGGCUGCUGUCGGCUUGUCGAACGGGCAACUGCCGAACGGCCCCAAUACGGCCAACAACCCGAACGCAUUCUUCCCAAUGCUUCCGAAAUACCCCAACUACGAAACGGCUGCGUUUCUGGCCUCGUUCAACCACUUGUACCCCAUGUCCGCCCUAAACUCCGUCAAUCCCGCGUUCAGUCCCUACAGCAUACAGCGUCUCAUAGAAUUGUCUGCCGGUGCAACUGCUGGCUCGGUUCCCGCUGCAGAAUCCAUGGAAUCGCUUAUCUUCAAAACGCAACAGCAUCUCAACGCAUCGCUCAAAUCGGACAUGGGCCGAAACUCCAAAUCACCCAGCGUUCAUUCCGAUGGCGAAGACAUGGUUGACGAUGUCACCGAGAACGAAAACGAGGAAGAGGAGGAACCCAAACUGGUUAUGGACGUAGACGAUGACGAAGAUGAUGCAAUGGAAGAGGACGACGAUGCGGAGAAAAAAGACAUCAAAGUGGACGAGGACGAUGAUGAGGAGGAGGAGCAGAAGUUCCCAAUCGAACGACGCUCUGACAAAGCAUCUCCCAUUGUUUCCGAACAGCCUCACCCGGAAGCCGGCGAAGUGACAUCUGCGAAUGACUACCGAAAUAUUCUCGAUGACAUGAAACAAAAAAUCCUGGAUGCUGCGCAUCGUAUGUCUGUUGGAGAACAGGUCAUGCAUCGACAACCCACUCCGGUUAAUGUCUGCGCAGAACCGAUCAAAAUCGAACGACCCGAAUCGGUGUCCUCCCCGGAACUCAACAUUGACAUCGACCAUCGUAGUCCCAGCCCAGUACCAGUCGUUUCCCCUGUCCCACAGAUCAAGCAAGAGUUCAAAGAAGAUGAUCACAUGGAAAAAAUGGAAGACAAAACUCCAGUUCUGCAGUGUCAACAGUGCCAAGCGACCUUCAACCACCAAGCGGAACUGGUCCAACACGAACAAGUUCUGUGUCAAUCGCUUCUCUUCCAAAAGCAAAUGGCGGCGGCCGCCGCUGCGGCAGCAGCUGCCAGCAACUAUCUCCCGAUGCACAGCGGCAGCGAAGACGACACGGAUUUCGAUGGAUCCAAACUGUCUUCGGAGCGUAGCGGAAAAGUCCGUGUGCGAACCGCCAUCUCCGAGGAUCAGCAGAACGAACUAAAAAAGUAUUACUCCAUGAACAACAAGCCCAACCGCGAAGAGUUCCAGAUGAUCGCAAAACGCGUCGGUAUGGAAGCACGAGUCGUCCAGGUGUGGUUCCAGAACAACCGAUCCCGGGAGCGAAAAAUGGGCAACCUGCCCAACAAUCGGGGUCCGAUUCAACCGGACGGCUCAGCAGCCCCUACGAUCUUCUCUCCCGAUACUCCUGCCCCUAGUCAACCGUCGGAAACCGACCAACCGCUCGAUCUUUCCGUCAAGAAACCCGAAUCUAUCCCUUCCAGUUCGCCCCGUUACGGAACGGCUCCACUCUCGCAACCCGACACCGCCAGUCUCCUCGACGAAGCCAUGAAUCUCAGCGUCAAAUCAUCCCGCAGUUCAACGCCUUUCAAGGGCUUCUAUCCGUACAACACGUUCCCGAACGAAUCGAUGAUCCGUCAAACUCCCUCCCCCAACGAAGCGGCAGCCCACCCUCGCCAGAACCAACAAAUGCGCCCCGCUGCCAUCGUACCCAGUUAUCCUCCCAUGCCGCCCGCGGAUUCCGCCUUCGUUGGGAUGGAUCGCUUCCUGCAGCAUUUCCCGCCGGAGCUUGCCCGAGCACCGAUCCGCGCCGACAGUCUCAGCCCGGGCGCGGAGAAGCGUGCCUGGCGCGAUCUGGAGCAGUACGAAGCCGCCGUCAAGCUGCACGGCCAACCGACGCCGUACGACGAGCAGAAACUACUGCAGAUGCAAUCGAUGCUGAACGUUCCGAAACGGGUACUUUAUUCGACGGCCAACACCGGCAAAGAGCAACCGGACGCCGAAGGCCAAUACAUCUGCGACCAGUGCGAUAAGGCGUUCAGCAAGCACAGCUCGCUGCAGCGGCACAAGUACGAACAUUCAGGUCAACGCCCCUACAAGUGCGUCGAGUGUCCAAAGGCCUUCAAGCACAAACACCACCUGACCGAGCACAAGCGGCUGCACAGCGGCGAGAAGCCAUUCCAGUGCGGCAAGUGUCUGAAGCGGUUCUCGCACUCCGGUUCCUACAGCCAGCACAUGAACCACCGCUACUCGUACUGCAAGCCGUACAGGGACGGCAAAUAAGAUGAGGACCAGGGACGGGAAGUUCCGUCCCCGGCCGGUGGCUAUCACCCGUCUACGUUGCCACACCACCUCCAUCAUCAGCAGCAUCCAGCGGGGCCGUCCCGACCGGGAAGACGCGGCCGGCGCCCGGGAUCGUCCGCGACCAGUGCGCUGAUUUUCCCAGGUCCGCCGCCGCCACCGCCACCGCCUCCGCCCCCACCACCGGGUUCCGGCGCGGUGUCGACGAUGGGAGUCUCACCACCUGCAGCAGUGCCAUUCCAGCAUCCCGCGAUGCAGCCCGUCUCGUACUUCGAUCGGCGCCUGCUCGUGGACAGCUAUCUGAACUCGGGCUUCCUGGGGUACGGCAGCGGGAUCGGCGGAGUUCACUAAACAGGUGAAGCACAAGUAUGUUUGCGCGUGUUUGUACAUACACAAAUUCGUCUCUUUUUGCGCGAAAGCUGUUCAAACUUAACACUUCAAGAAAACUUGAUUUUUUUAUUAUUAUAGUUAGCGUUGAUUAUUGGUUAAUUUAUUCGUGGUAUUUUCGGCAUAAUACAAGGCAAAACGAAUGAUCGUACUUAAAAAAUGAACAAAUUUGCGAAAUUGACAGUGAACAUGAACUGAUCCCAGUUUUAUAGCCAGGUUUGACGCCAUUUUUACUCGGAAGUCGGUGUCAGUUGGAACAGACGCUGAAAUACUAUCACUAGAAGCUGUGCAUUUAACAAAUUUCGGACCGAGACCGACGAAAUCUUCGUGGCGGUCGAAACAAACUCUUCUUACCCGUCUACGGUAAGAAUGGUUGAAACUCUUAAGCAAGCAACUCGAAUCUCAUUCCUUCGCUAAGGUUUAUUUGUGUAGUGGUUAUUGAUAAAACUUAGCUUGUUAUAAUCAUUCGGAUUACUUAUUUUUCACGUAUUGUUUAAGUGAUUUAGCGAUAAGACCCGUGUGUCGACGUGUGAAAACGCCGAUCACGACCUGUAAAAUACUCACGUGAAUUCAGAUGCCAUAAAACAGAGAAAAAAGCGUUGAUUUUAUUUCAAAACAAUUUAUCUAAACUAACAUCAUUUCGAAAGGCUGGGUCUAGCAAUUAUUGUUUUAAUUUUAUGUUUUAUUUUCGCGAAUCCUAUAUGAAAAUAAAUUAGAUAAAUGAAAAAAAAAACAAAUCUGAGCAAAACUAUAUACGCAUUUUUGGACCACACGGUGUUAACAAGACAAUACAAUACAGUAAUUUACCCUUUGAAUCGAAUUGAUAUUCUACUAAAACACAACACACUCUCAAACUUUCUAUCUCAACUAUAUGAAUAGUAACCUUUUUCCUUAAACAUAUUUUCACUAACAAAUUGAUAAAAAAAUCUAUUGCAAGAAAAAUCAAGAAGUUACAUCAGAUGGACACAUGAAAUCCUUGGACUUUUUCCCUAAAACUAAUUAACGGAAGCUGUAAAUAAAAAAAAAACAAAUUAAUUUGACAUCAAUCGCUUUCACAAGAUCUAGAGAAUGUGAUUCAAAUAUUGGAAUCCGCCAUUGCCGCUGAAUCUGUAAAUCGCAGCCUACUUUUCACUAUCGUUGUGCUAAAUUUUCACAUGUAAAAUAAUUGUGCGACAAAAACUACUUUAUAAAUGAACUACAGAUAAAGAUUGUCAGCGUAGUUAUUCUUUUAUUUCUGAGGUGAACCAGCCCAGGGCUGAAAAUCUCAAUAAUAAAGAAAAACAAAAUUCUGUUAAUUUUCAAACAUGAUGAUCACAAAACUGUCCAAAACUGGAUUUUAUGGACAGUUUACUCCCAGUCUCUAUUUGUUUUACAAAUCUAAAAUACAUCACGAUUCAAAACAAUUGAGCGCCCUUUCUCUACAUGCAUCAUCCGCUUAUUAGCAAUAAAACGUUAUAUUGGCGACUUCCAAGUUCUAUAGUGAAGAUUUACAAUAUUUGAAUCACUUCUUCACUCGAUCACAUUCAACAACAAACGCCAAAUGGUUUCAGCGACUUACUCCUGUCAGAAUCAUACCUUACAAAUUUAACUAGGCUUCAAAAUCACUGAUCGCUUGCCAACAAAAAUGGAACGCCAACACACGUGUUUGGGAAAAUCUGCUGUUCCUAACACACUCACGCACCCAAACGCAAAACUGUACAGAUUUCUGUAAAUACUCGUACCAAAACAACACCGAACAACACGACGUUUAGAUUUGAGUAGCAAAAAAAAUCUCCUGCUUUCUAGGUAAGGUAAGGUAAUCCAAACAUUGUAAAAUAUGUAAUAUGUUAUAAGCUGUAUUAUACAUUUAUAAGACAAAUAUUCGAAGACGUAAGAUGCUGGUUGAAGAUAUGGAAUUAAUACAUCGAGUUAUAUUGUAAUCUUUUUUACAAAGCCGCAACAGUCUACGAAAAAAAAAUGGAGCCAAACAGAAGAAAAAUACACGAGCAAGUGAACAACGAAAAAUGAAAAACUGUUAAUUUAGAGCAAACGUAUUGCCGUCACAGGCGUCGUCCCGAUCGGGACGCACCGGGCGACAGAGAACAAGUGUCUUUUGUAUUAACAUUAACUUGAAUUACUAUUUUUAUUAAAUUGCUACACUGAACGAUUAUUAUUGAGCAUUAUUUAGUUAUGUGAAUUGCGUAUCGUAAGGGAACGUGAGCGAACACUAAGAAAAUAUUAUAUUUAAUAAUAAAGUAUUGUUAAAUAUUUCUACGAAUAAUCUUAAAUUCAACCAUAAAAAAUUCAAAAUAAGAAAAAAAAAACAAAACAAAACUUAAAAGAUAACCAUUCCAGUAAAAAACGAAAAUGAACUAUAAGAAGCUGAUUGGUGGAGAAAUUCUUGGGGAUACAAUGCGAAAUGAAAAUCGGUAACUUGUUUCAGUUAAGGAAUUGACAGCAGCUUUGACAGAACUACAAGUGUCAUAAUUGCUAUGAUAUUGGCAAUUACGACUCUUGUCGGCACUCUGCGUCAGAACACGAACAAAAUAAAGUUGAUCAGAAUCAAAACAUUUGUUCGCUUGUGUCAAUUCUUCAACUGAAUCAAGAGUCAUCGAUUUAGGCAAAUUACAGCAUUAUAAUGAAAUUGUGUAACUAUUAACGUAAAACAAAAAAAAUGGAUAAAUGUAAGGGGUUGAUCUUGUUACCAGACAAUAAUAUAAAUUUAAAGAAAUGAAUGGAAUGCCAAUGAAUUUGCCAACUCCGACAGCGUGUAGCUUGCAAUGCCCAAAGCACAUAUAGCCCGAACACGAACCGCAUGGACCGGAAACGCUUAACGCAUGGAAGCAAAACGAACGCUUCCCUCGAACGGACUUGCGCGCUACCCGCUGCUCGUGCUCGAAACAUUCUCGCGCUACUUUUUUAGCAACAUUUUGCCUUACUAUUGAUUUAACAAACGUAAACACGAAACGCUCAACAUACUUAAUUCGUCGAGGUCCCCGUUCUUUCUUCCUCACCACUAAGAGACAAACAAAAAUUGUUCAUUUCGAUCUAACAACCGGCCAGGUUUCCAAAACAACGAAUUUCUCCCGAAUUACAGCCGUAAUGAUACAUACGUUAUAGUGAAUGACUUUUUCGAAUGCUCUUAACUAGGUUUUAAGGAACAAUGUACAUUUUUUUUUUCAACUUCAAUUCUUCCAAUAAGGUUAUCGAUUUUUUUUGUCGUAUUUAAGUUUCUGUACAAAACGAAAUUAUUAUUUCUUUAUUUCGGUCAAAAAAGCUAGCAAUCCAAAGAAUUUUUCGUGCUCCUUCGUUCUGAAUUUGAUGAAAACCAUUUUACUCAAAAUUCAUUGUACAGCCUGCGUGAACGAAGAGCCACAACGAAUCACAGAAAGGUAGAAUCUAUGCCAAAAGUUACAAUUUAAGUUUAGCGUAUAAGUUUCAGUUAGCCUUCGGUUAGUUGAAUAGGUUUAAUAAAUUUCUUAGUUGCCAAGAGCCUUUUCCCCUUACUCGUUGACGAUUUGUAUUAACUUUAUGUCAGAGGUUUAUGAUUUUAUUUCCAUCUUCCGAAGAUAGAAUUUACGUUCGCUGUAAUUAUAUUUAGCGUGGAAUAUUUGUGCCAAAAUCAAUAAGGACGACAAACGGAUGUUUUCCAAAAUGAAAAAGAAAGUUGCAAAAAUGAACGUUGUUUCUAUUUGAUGUCUUACUUUAGUUUUUUUACACUAACACAGGAAAAAAAACUAACCACACGGCGAGAUGUAAUGUAACAACAAGAAAUCAAAACAAUGAAUGAAUGAAUGAACAAACAAUGAAAAGAAAAUAAAGAAAAAAAAGUUACUCGAUGGAGAUGUAAUUCAAAAUCAAGUGAAAAAUGGAAACAAAAAGUAUGUCUUUAAGUAUAUGAAAAAAUUAAAAUAUAUUAUAUAUAUACAAAAAUAAAAUAAUUAUGAAAAAUUUAA